GACCAUAAUUUUCUGACGGUAAUAUUCCCGGCUUCCUUCUCCUUACUGGUGUCUAGAAAACAAAGCAGCACAGGUUCGUCUUUCAAUCUCACUUUAUUCGACUACAUACCCAACCAUUUUCAAUCACAAAAUGAGAUGAUCGAUCGAGUUCACAAUCUUAAUUCAUAAUAAUGGACAAAGAAACAGACCUCCUUUCGCGCCUCGCCGCGAACCACCUCCACCUCGCUCAGUUCGAGCCGUUAAGAGCCACUCUCCUCGCUCUUCGCACUCGGAACCCUGAUCUAGCCCUCGCUAUCCUCCAAACAAUUGUUGCUAACUCUGGCAGGUUCGAUAAUGUUCUCUGGUCAGUUUCUUGCCCCUCACCAUCGCUCUUUACGUACUUAUCAACUCUCGAACUAUUACAAUUCAACGAUCCAACUUCAUCCACCUGGAGUUUCGAUCCAGAAACGCUGCGUUUGCGUUCGGAAUUCUUGUUGUUAGUGCAGAUGCUGAUAGACCGCGUGUUAGAAAGAACGCGAAAGGAUAUUGACUUAGAUAGCUUUGAGAAAGAGAAGGAGAAACAUUUUGAUUUAAAUGAGGGCGAUAGUUUUGAUGAGAAAGUUAAGUUGUUUGUUAGAAACGAGGAUUUGGGAGAUGUGAAUGGUGAAUUUGGUGGCUGUGUUGGGGUUUUGGAUAGGUUUAUGGAGUUAGGCAUGAAAAGAUUAAAGCCUGAUGUAAAUGUAAAUAUGAUUGAUGACGUAAGUACCAGUGGUGUAAACGUGUUAAUUGAGGAAGACAUAUUUAUGUGUUUAAAGAAAGUAGUUUUGGAGUUUGCCAAUGUUUUUGACGCAUUGUGUUGGAAUAUAGAAAAGCAAUUGAGAGGGUGGGAGAGUUUUGAUUCAGACUGUGCUAUAGCACGGAAAGAGGAUUUAUCGGAAGGGCAGGAUAGAAGUAUUCUUGGUUUGAUACAGAAGAGUGCUCAGCUGGCUUAUUUAGAUGCAAUGAAUGAGUAUGUGAAGGAGGGAGAUGAGGAAGGAGCUAUAUCUUGUAUUCGUUUUCUUCACCUUGAUUAUGGCGUGGAGGAGGCUGAGUAUCACAUGGGUUUGGAAAAUCUCCUCAAGAGGGUUCUAUCUAAAAGGGAGGAAUUUGGAGACACCUGGUAUGCCAUGCAAGAGAAAUUGUUAAUGAUUUACAGAGAAGCGCUUUCGUCUGAUUGCAGGCAUCUUGUUCAAUUGAUACAGGUUAUUCAAGAUGAGUUGCUUUUUCAAGAAAUUGAGAUAUAUAAAGCACGUGAUAACAACCCAAUUCCACCCCCACUUGAGCGUUUUCAAAGAUAUAUUUCAGAAUUGAAGCCUGAUAUUGAUUCAAAUGAUAAGUCUUCGUUGUUGAAUAUAGCAGCCAGAUUGUGCAUGAGAGACAUGUACCAUUAUGCUCGCGUUUCUGGAUUACACGUGCUUGACUGCAUCAUGAAUACAACCCUGUCUGCUGUCAAGAAGGAGCAGCUUCAAGAAGCUAAUAACUUUCUUAUGUUGUUCCCUCGACUUCGGCCAUUGGUAGCUGCCAUGGGUUGGGAUCUAUUGUCUGGCAAAACAACAGAACGUAGGAAGUUGUUGCAGUUGCUAUGGACAAGUAAGUCACAAAUGUAUCGUUUGGAAGAGUCUUCUCUUUAUGGAAAUGAAUCAGAUGAGAUAUCUUGUGUGGAACAUCUAUGUGAUUCACUAUGUUAUCAGCUUGAUCUUGCCUCUUUUGUGGCUCAUGUUAAUUCUGGUCAAUCGUGGAAUUCAAAAUUCUCAUUGUUGUUGUUUGGAAAAGAACAAACAACAUUUGGAAGUGAAGAUGCUCAAUUAGACCCUUUUGUUGAAAACUUUGUGUUGGAACGACUAUCUGCUCAAAGUCCUCUGCGGGUACUUUUUGAUGUUGUUCCAGACAUAAAGUUUCAGGAUGCUAUUGAAUUAAUCAGCAUGCAGCCAAUUGCUUCUGAUAUAGCAGCCUGGAAGAGGAUGCAAGAUACUGAACUCAUGCACAUGCGUUAUGCUCUGGAAUCCACUGUACUUGCUCUGGUGGCAAUGGAAAGAACUUCAAGUGGUGAAAGAGCAAGUCAUCACCAACUGGCUUUAUGCCAUUUGAAAGAUUUGAGGAACCAUUUGGAGGCUAUUACAAAUAUUCCACGCAAGAUAUUCAUGGUGAAUGUUAUAGUUUCGCUUUUACAUAUGGAUGAUAUCUCUCUCAAUUUGAUGCAUUGUACCUCACCAGGGAGUAAUUCUGAAUCACCCUCUGCAUGUACCUGGGAACAUUCUGAUCUCAAGACAUGUGAAGGGGGAAACGAAAUGGUUAUAUCGUUCACAGGGUUGCUAGUUGAUAUACUGUGUCGCAAUCUUCCAUCAACUGUAAUUUUACAAGAGUAUGCAUUAACUGAUGGUUUGAAUGUCGGUGAAAUGCAAGCAUUAGAAUGGAGAAUCUCAAUUUCAAAACGUUUCAUCGAAGAUUGGGAAUGGCGGCUAUCAAUAUUGCAGCGUCUUCUUCCACUAUCAGAACGCCAAUGGAGUUGGAAGAAGGCAUUGACUGUGCUACGAGCGGUCCCAUCCAAGCUACUAAAUCUUUGCAUGCAAAGAGCCAAGUAUGACAUUGGAGAAGAGGCUGUUCAUCGGUUCUCGUUAUCUGCAGAAGAUAGAGCUACACUUGAAUUAGCUGAAUGGGUGGAUGGUACCUUCAGAAGAGCAUCUGUAGAAGAUGCUGUGACACGUGCUGCUGACAGAACUUCUACUGUACAAGAUCUGGACUUUUCGUCCUUACGCUCCCAAUUAGGUUCUUUGGCUGCAAUUCUUCUGUGCAUUGAUGUUGCUGUAACUUCUGCAAGGUCUGCAACUAUGUCUCAGCAGCUUCUGAAUCAGUCUCAGCUGAUGCUAUCUGAGAUAUAUCCAGGAGCUUCUCCAAAAGCAGGAUCCACCUACUGGGAUCAAAUCCAUGAAGUGGCUAUUAUAUCUGUUUCACGGCGUGUUCUGAAGCGUCUGCAUGAAUUUUUGGAAGAGGAUGAUCCUCCAGCACUCCAGACCAUUCUGAUUGGGGACAUCAUUAUUUCAUCAACUAAGGAGUCCUAUAGACAGGGGCAGAGGGAACGUGCUCUUGCUAUGCUACAUCAGAUGAUUGAAGAUGCUCACAAGGGCAAGCGACAGUUUCUCAGUGGUAAGCUUCAUAAUCUAGCAAGAGCCAUUGCUGAUGAAGAAACAGAACCAAAUUUCAGUAAAGGGGAUAGUUCAUACACCGACCCAAAAGGGUUGUUGAAUUUUGACAAGGAUGGGGUUCUUGGGCUUGGACUAAAAGCUGUUAAACAAACCACUUCAAGUUCGAAAAUUGGAGAUACUAGUGUUCAAUCUGUUGGUUAUGAUAUGAAGGAUAUGGGGAAGAGACUGUUUGGCCCAUUAAGUGCAAAGCCCUCGACGUAUCUAUCACAAUUUAUUCUCCACAUUGCAGCAAUUGGUGACAUAGUUGAUGGGACUGAUACAACUCAUGAUUUUAACUUUUUCUCACUUGUGUAUGAAUGGCCAAAGGAUCUUUUAACUCGUUUAGUCUUUGAGCGAGGCAGCACUGAUGCAGCUGGAAAGGUUGCUGAAAUCAUGUGUGCUGAUUUUGUUCAUGAAGUGAUUUCAGCUUGUGUACCACCAGUUUAUCCUCCAAGGUCUGGCCAUGGAUGGGCGUGCAUUCCAAUUGUUCCUACCUGUCCUGGUAGUUUCUCUGACAAGAAAGUAAUUUCCCCCUCUUCUAAAGAAGCUAAGCCCACUUGUUACAGCCGUUCCUCAGCAACACCUGGAAUUCCUUUAUACCCUCUUCAGUUGGAUAUAGUUAAACAUCUUGUUAAAAUAUCACCUGUUAGGGCUGUCUUGGCUUGUGUUUUUGGUAGCAGUAUAUUAUAUGGUGGCAGUGACUCAACUAUAUCUAGCUCAUUGAAUGACGAAGCAUUACAAGCACCUGAGGCUGAUCAUAUUUUUUAUGAGUUUGCUCUUGAUCAAUCUGAGAGGUUUCCAACUUUAAACCGGUGGAUACAGAUGCAAACCAAUCUUCAUCGAGUUUCAGAGUUCGCUGUAACAGCCAAGAAAAAGGCUGAUGAUGGCAAGGUUAAACAUGAAACAAGAGCUGCUAUUAAGAGGUUUCGUGAGAGUGACAGCGAUACUGAAUUAGAAGUUGAUGAAAUUGCCGGUAGCAAUAACAUUUCAACAUCCUUAGUGGACCUCAGUGGUCAAGAUGGUGCAGCUCCAAACACUUGGCGUGAUUCCUUUAAGUCUGAAAGCACAGAAGAUGAUACAACAAUUUUCCUUUCUUUUGAUUGGGAGAAUGAAGACCCAUAUGAGAAGGCUGUGGAGCGAUUGAUUGAUGAAGGAAAACUUAUGGACGCGCUUGCACUUUCAGAUCGCUUUUUACGCAAUGGGGCCUCAGAUCGAUUGCUGCAGCUACUCAUUGAACGGGGAGAAGAGAACCAUACAAUCUUUGGACAACCUCAAAGUUUUGGAGGUAACAUUAUCUGGUGCAAUAGUUGGCAGUACUGCUUGCGAUUGAAGGAUAAACGACUGGCGGCUAGACUUGCUCUCAAGUAUAUGCACAGAUGGGAACUUAAUGCUGUGUUGGAUGUUCUCACAAUGUGCAGCUGCCACAUCCCUCAAAGUGAUCCAAUUAGAAAUGAGGUGUUGCAAAUGAGACAAGCUUUGCAGCGAUACAGCCAUAUAUUAAGUGCAGAUGAUCAGUAUAGCAGCUGGCAAGAGGUUGAAGCACAGUGUAAGGAGGAUCCAGAGGGCUUGGCUCUGCGGUUAGCUGAGAAAGGAGCAGUUUCCGCUGCUCUGGAAGUGGCUGAGAGUGCAGGAUUAUCCAUAGAUCUGAGGAGGGAGCUGCAGGGUCGGCAACUUGUGAAACUUCUUACAGCAGAUCCUCUUAAUGGUGGAGGGCCUACAGAGGCUUCACGUUUCCUAUCUUCUCUACGUGACUCUAAUGAUGCUCUUCCAGUCGCUAUGGGUGCAAUGCAACUGUUACCCAACCUUCGAUCAAAGCAACUUCUUGUUCACUUCUUCUUGAAGCGAAGGGAUGGGAAUCUAUCAGAUGUUGAGGUUGCUCGACUGAACUCAUGGGCUUUAGGUCUUCGAGUUUUGGCUGCCUUGCCAUUGCCAUGGCAACAAAGAUGCUCCUCUCUGCAUGAGCACCCGCAUUUGAUAUUAGAAGUUCUGCUGAUGAGGAAACAACUACAAUCUGCUUCCCUGAUUCUUAAAGAUUUUCCUUCCUUGAGGGACAACAGUGUAAUAAUAGCAUAUGCUUCUAAGGCUAUUGCCGUCAGUAUUACAUCUCCUGUGAGAGAACCACGACUAUCUGUCUCAGGAACACGGCCAAAGCAGAAAACAAGAACUGUUGCAAGGUCUUCUUUUACUAGCAGUCUAAACAACUUGCAAAAGGAGGCUCGUCGAGCUUUUUCUUGGGCUCCUCGUAAUACUGGAGAUAAGGCUACUCCAAAAGAUGUUUACCGGAAACGAAAAAGUUCUGGAUUGACAGCAUCUGAAAGAGUUGCUUGGGAGGCCAUGGCCGGCAUUCAAGAGGAUCGUGUUUGUUCAUACUCUGCUGAUGGGCAAGAACGUCUUCCUUCUGUUUCUAUUGCAGAGGAAUGGAUGCUAACAGGUGAUGCCUCUAAGGAUGGAGCUGUUCGUGCAGCUCAUCGAUAUGAAAGUGCACCUGAUAUUAUUCUCUUCAAGGCUCUGCUUUCUUUGUGUUCUGAUGAAUUAGUUUCUGCCAAAAGUGCACUGGACUUGUGUAUUAAUCAGAUGAAGAAUGUGUUGAGCUCCCAACAGUUGCCUGAGAAUGCAUCUAUGGAAACAAUUGGUCGAGCAUAUCAUGUCACAGAGACAUUUGUGCAGGGACUAUUUUAUGCUAAAACCCUGCUGAGAAAGCUUGCGGGGGUAGGUGAAUUGUCUAGUGCUUCAGAAAGGGGUAGGGACGCUGAUGAUGCAUCCUCCGAUGCUGGUAGCUCCAGUGUUUGUAGUCAGGCCACAGAUGAGUUAUCUGAAAUUUCAUCACAGGCAGAUAUUUGGCUAGGACGUGCUGAGCUGCUUCAAAGCCUUUUGGGAUCUGGAAUUGCUGCUUCUCUGGAUGAUAUUGCUGAUAAAGAGUCAUCUGCUCAUUUAUGUGACCGGUUGAUUGUUGAUGAACGGUACAGCAUGGCUGUAUAUACGUGCAAGAAGUGCAAGAUUGAUGUUUUCCCGGUGUGGAAUGCAUGGGGUCAUGCUUUGAUUCGGAUGGAGCACUAUGCACAAGCUCGUGUCAAGUUUAAGCAGGCUCUUCAAUUGUAUAAGGGCGAUCCUGCACCUGUAAUUCUAGAAAUCAUUAACACAAUCGAAGGAGGCCCUCCUGUGGAUGUUUCAGCUGUUCGUUACAUGUAUGAACAUUUGGCUAAAAGUGCACCAACAAUCUUGGAUGAUUCUCUUUCUGCUGAUUCAUAUCUCAAUGUUCUAUACAUGCCAUCUACAUUUCCACGUUCGGAGAGAUCCAGGCGAUCUCAAGAAUCUGCAAAUAAUAAUUCCUCCUAUGGUCCUGGCUUUGAAGAUGGUCCUCGUAGCAACCUUGACACCAUUAGAUAUGUUGAAUGUGUAAACUAUUUGCAGGAAUAUGGUCGCCAGCAUUUGCUUGGUUUUAUGUUCAGGCAUGGUCAUUAUAGUGAUGGUUGCAUGUUGUUUUUUCCUCCUAAUGCUGUUCCACCACCUCCUCAACCGUCAACAAUGGGAGUAGUUACUUCAUCAUCAUCCCCUCAAAGACCUGAUCCUCUGGCGACUGAUUAUGGCACCAUUGAUGAUCUGUGUGACCAGUGUAUUGGCUAUGGUGCAAUGCCCAUUUUGGAGGAGGUGAUAUCUAAUAGAAUUUCAUCUACUAAGGAACAAGAUCCAGCCGUAAAUCAGUUUACUAAUGCAGCACUUGCCCGUAUUUGCAUCUAUUGUGAAACUCAUAAACAUUUCAAUUACCUUUACAAGUUCCUGGUGAUAAAGAAGGACCAUGUUGCUGCUGGACUUUGCUGUAUUCAGUUAUUUAUGAACUCUUCUUCCCAGGAGGAGGCUAUCAAACAUUUGGAGCAUGCCAAGAUGCAUUUUGACGAAGCAUUAUCAGCUCGAUACAAGGGUGGAGAUUCUACCAAGCUUGUCACAAAGGGUAUAAGAGGAAAAAGUGCUUUUGAGAAACUCAGUGAAGAAGGACUUGUUAAGUUUUCUGCUCGGGUAUCAAAACAGGUGGAAGUUGUAAAAUCCUUUCAUGAUUCUGAUGGACCACAGUGGAAACAUUCCCUUUUUGGAAAUCCAAAUGAUCCAGAAACCUUCAGGAGGAGGAGUGAGAUUGCAGAGACACUAGUGGAGAAGAAUUUUGACUUGGCUUUCCAAGUUAUCUAUGAAUUUAACCUUCCAGCUGUUGACACAUAUGCUGGUGUUGCUUCAUCUCUUGCUGAAAGGAAAAAGGGCAGUCAGUUGACAGAAUUUUUUAGAAACAUUAAGGGAACAAUUGGUGAUGAUGAUUGGGACCAGGUCCUGGGGGCUGCAAUAAAUGUAUAUGCUAAUAAACACAAAGAGCGCCCUGAUCGUCUCAUAGACAUGUUAACCAGCAGUCACAGGAAGGUCUUGGCUUGUGUGGUUUGUGGUCGGCUAAAAAGUGCUUUCCAGAUUGCUUCACGAAGUGGAAGUGUGGCUGAUGUUCAAUAUGUAGCUCAUCAGGCAUUACACGCAAAUGCACUCCCUGUGCUUGAUAUGUGUAAACAGUGGUUGGCUCAGUAUAUGUAACAUGUUGCUCAAGAAAGUCUACCUGAUUCAAUUAGCCUACCAUGGAGUUCAAUUGCAGCGAUGCUCAUGGAAUUUGGUAUGGUUUUAGAUGCUAUUUAUAGCAUGCCAUAUUGAAAACCACAAGCGAACAGAAAGGCUUUACAAGUACAUCAUCUUUUCUGUUCUCUUCCUGCAAUCAGUUGCCAUAGCAAAGCUUGCAAGAUCUGCAGAGGAAAGUUACAUGAUAUGGCUGAAUAAACAUUUCAAACUGAAUGAUUAAUACAGUGUCAAUGCCGGAAAUUUUGUGGAUAUAAGAGAGGUUCGUGUUCUAACAGCUGCUAGAUUUGCUUCUCCUUGUUUCUAGUAUGAGCUUCUUUCUCUCUUUAUUCUUUCUUUUUGGGCUUAUAUUAAAUUGAUUUCUUUAACAAAAUAAUUUAGUGUUGUAAAAUAGGUAAUAGGUGUAAGAUUGGCAUGUUUUAUAUGAAACUGCUUUUUUUUGUGGCUUCUA